AUGUAUCACCAUCACCAUGCAUUCCAAGGAAGGAAACUCACAGAACAAGAACGAGCAAGGGUGCUAGAGUUUCAAGAAUCGAUCCACUAUUCACCUCGUUACUCUGAUGAUACACAUGAAUAUAGACAUGUCAUGCUGCCCAAGGCGAUGUUGAAAAUGAUACCUUCAGAUUAUUUCAAUUCCGAGACUGGUACGCUAAGAAUUCUUACAGAGGAUGAGUGGAGAGGUCUCGGAGUCACACAGUCACUCGGUUGGGAGCAUUUCGAAUGCCAUGCACCAGAACCACAUAUUUUGUUGUUUAAAAGACCGCUCAACUAUGAACAGGAGCUGAGAGCUGCUGCUGCUGCUGUAGCGGCCCAGCAACAAGAGCAGCAACAGUCUGGAAACCAGAUUGGCAUCCAGCAGUAG